UUUUGCAUGUGUAGUCAAAGGAUAACCAACCAUAUCCUUCAUUUACAUUGCAUUUCCCUCUCUCUCUUUCUUUUCUUUCUUCACCACCUAUCAGUGUUCCAACCAACAACUCCUCUCCUUCAUUAUAAGCCUCCCCUUCCACUUCCAACUCUUCUUACUCAUCUCCUCACUUCCUUCUCUUCCUCCCCCAUCUCCCACUUCCCAAACUUCUCCACCACAUCAUGAUGAAACACUCUGACGAUCUCAGAAACACAGCAGGCCAAGUCAUAGUAGAGAUUGAGUCCAGCAAACCUUCAGGCAAUGGUCUAGUGAUUGGAGGUCUUAGUCCAUUGAGUGAAACUCUCUGGAAAGAAAAAACUAACACUGAGUUCAUCGGUGAUGUUUCCGCCCGGUUAACUUGGAAAAACUUAACUGUCACAGUCACCCUCGGCUCCGGCGACACUCAAACCGUCCUUCAAAAUUUAACUGGUUAUGCUGAACCUGGCACUAUCACUGCUCUCAUGGGCCCUUCUGGCUCCGGCAAAUCCACUCUUCUUGAUGCUCUCUCAAGUCGUCUUGCUACUAACGCUUUUCUUUCCGGCACCAUUUUGCUUAACGGUCACAAAACUAAACUCUCUUUCGGCACAGCGGCGUAUGUGACACAAGAUGAUAAUUUGAUUGGAACGUUGACGGUGAGAGAAACGAUAAUGUAUUCGGCACGGUUGAGGUUGCCGGAUAAGAUGCCGAUAGAGGAGAAGAGAGCUUUGGUUGAAGGGACGAUAAUGGAAAUGGGACUUCAAGAUUGUGCCGAUACCGUUAUCGGAAAUUGGCAUUUGCGAGGAAUUAGUGGUGGAGAGAAGAGAAGAGUUAGUAUUGCUCUUGAGAUUCUUAUGCGUCCAAGACUUCUCUUUCUUGAUGAACCUACUAGUGGUCUUGAUAGUGCUUCGGCAUUUUUUGUGACUCAAACUUUGAGAGGGUUGUCAAGAGAUGGGAGGACUGUUAUAGCAUCAAUUCAUCAACCAAGUAGUGAAGUUUUUGAGCUGUUUGAUCAGUUGUAUUUGCUCUCUGGUGGUCAAACUGUUUAUUUUGGCAAGGCUUCAGAGGCUUAUGAGUUCUUUGCACAAGCUGGAUUCCCUUGUCCAUCACUAAGAAAUCCAUCGGAUCAUUUUCUAAGGUGCAUCAAUGCUGAUUUUGAUAAAGUCAAGGCGACGCUUAAAGGAUCGAUAAAAAUGCGGUUUGAAAAAAGUGAUGAUCCACUAGACAAGAUUACAACUAUGGAAGCUAUAAGAAGACUUACUGAUUUCUAUGUGAGAUCUCAGUAUUGUUAUGUUGCUAAAGAAAAAGUUGAUGAAAUCUCAAGAGUGAAAGGAACAGUGCUUGAUUCAGGAGGAAGUCAAGCUAGUUUUUUAAUGCAAGCAAUGACAUUAACAAAGAGAUCAUUUAUCAACAUGUCAAGAGACUUUGGUUAUUACUGGUUGAGACUUGUGAUUUAUCUUCUUGUUACUGUUUGCAUUGGCACAAUUUACUUGAACGUUGGCACUUCAUACAAUUCAAUUCUGGCCAGAGGAGCUUGUGCUUCAUUUGUUUUUGGCUUUGUGACAUUCAUGUCAAUUGGUGGAUUCCCUUCUUUUGUUGAAGAUAUGAAGGUAUUUCAACGGGAACGAUUAAACGGGCAUUACGGUGUGACGGCUUUUGUUGUUAGCAACACGUUUUCGGCAAUGCCUUUUCUGAUAAUGAUCACCUUCCUCUCUGGAACCAUUUGCUAUUUCAUGGUGCGCUUGCAUCCGGGGUUCAUCCAUUACCUCUUCUUUGUAUUAGGCCUUUAUGCAAGUGUUACUGUUGUUGAGAGCUUGAUGAUGUCUAUAGCCAGUGUUGUGCCUAAUUUUCUCAUGGGAAUCAUCAUUGGAGCUGGAAUUCAGGGUAUAUUCAUGCUGGUUUCUGGCUACUUCAGACUCCCAAAUGACAUUCCAAAGCCAGUUUGGAGGUACCCAAUGUCAUACAUCAGCUUUCACUUCUGGGCAUUACAGGGGCAGUAUCAGAAUGACUUGAAGGGCUUAAUGUUUGAUAAUCAAAGCCCGGAUUUGCCGAAGAUAUCAGGUGAAUACAUACUGGAGUAUGUAUUUCAGAUCGAUGUAAACAGAUCGAAAUGGGCCGAUUUAUCGGUACUCUUUAGCAUGAUAAUCAUCUACCGUAUAAUUUUCUUCAUCAUGAUCAAGAUAAGUGAAGAUGUUACUCCAUGGGUUCGAGGAUGGAUUGCGAGACGAAGACUACAUCAAAAGAAGACUAACAAUUCGGCGAUUGAUCUCGCCCAACGAACACCGUCUCUAAGAGCUUACGUCGCCGAUCAUGGAUCUGCCUCAAGCGGAAGCUGAUAAAAACCAAAACUGAACCAAACCGAACCAAUCAUUAUUAUUAUUACUACUACUACGACGAGAAGUAUUAUUAUACAUUUACAGUGAUGAAUGGCAUAGUAUUUGGAUGUCUAACAAGGAGUAGGUGCUGCAAUAUUUUGUGUGCAUGUAUUUUUACAUACAGAUUAACAUUUGUUAAAGCUUAAAGUUGUGAGAUUUGUUUUCUUGUGAUGUUUCA